CCAUUAUAUUCUUAAAGUUUUUCAAUCAACUGUAUUUAAUUGUAAAGUUGUGACGCACACAUCAAUGAUUUUAUUCAAUUCCCCCUUUAAAUCAUUCAUUCCGUGGUUUUCUUCCAUUUUCUUGUUUUGCCCUUUUGGAGUGGUGAAAAUUUUUCUAGAUUGGGUUUGAGUGUUCAAAGUGUAAAGCAUCUAUCUAGCCAGGCAAAAUAGCUACAUUUGAGACUAACAUUGUACCACAAAGCAACAAACUGUGUCCUUAAAAAUUUUGACUGAAAAAAUAAUUUGGAAGGGGGAACAUAUUAGGUGUGCUUUCCCUACCUUUCUCCAAAUUGGGUUUCAAGGGAUCAUCACUCUUAGCCCUGUUCCAACUUCCAUCCAGCUUUCUAUACCAUCAAUCAACCUCCCCAUGGUUUAGGUCUUUAUAAGCUACAAUUUCAGCCACAGGGUUCAAACCGAAACUGGGAAGAAUCCAUGAUACGCUGUCAGUCAUCAUAUUUAGAGCCCCCAUUUUUGAUGACUUUAGGACUUUGGCUGUCUUGCAAGUGAGUUUUUGGGGUACCCUUUUUUUUGGUUUUUGCAGAAGGGGGAUCUGGGAUUUCUGCAAAGUCUUGUCCUUUUCUGCACAGUGUCUAUAUUUAGGAGGUGAAUAGAGAUAAUAGUUCCAUAGAUAUAUGGCAUCAGAAACUCAAUAUUUAAUGCUGAGAUUUCUGUAAUUUGCUGAUUUGGAGUCCACAAAGUUGCCGUCUUGGCAUUUAUUAUUUUGCAGCUGUUUUCUUGAUUUGGAGCUGCAACACAGUUCAAGAUUCAGUUUUUAUAUAACGGUUGGUGGGUUGGUAGUGGUUCUCCCAUUAUUUCAUUUUCAUGGUUAAGUCCUUUACUGGCAGAAUGGGAGGAGGCAAUGGCCUUGUCUAUCCUAUUCUUGGGUUUGCAUCAUUUAUUGCUUUCUUAUAUCUAUCGUUUGGAGACCUGUGGAUUAGUCAUAAGAUUGAAACCAAGCUCAGUUUUGUGGAGAGGAAUGGGACUCAGUUCUUUUUGGAUGGUAGAGUUUUUUAUAUUAAUGGUUGGAAUUCUUACUGGUUAAUGGACCAUGCCGUGGAUGAAAGGAAAAAACCAAGGGUGAAGGCAAUGCUUCAAGUCGGAGCUAAGAUGGGUUUCACUGUUUGUAGGACUUGGGCCUUCAAUGAUGGUGAUUACAAUGCUCUCCAGGUUUCUCCCGGUCGGUUCAAUGAAAAAGUAUUCAGGGCCUUGGAUCAUGUGAUAGCUGAAUCCAGGAGACAAGGGAUUCGACUCGUCCUUAGCUUAGUUAACAAUUUGCAAGCAUAUGGUGGAAAGACUCAAUAUGUCAAAUGGGCAUGGGAAGAGGGUGUUGCUUUAAGUUCUUCUAAUGACUCUUUCUUCUAUGAUCCAUCCAUCCGUCAUUACUUCAAAACCUAUCUAAAGACGGUCCUUACAAGGAAGAACACAAUUACUGGUCUUGAGUAUCGGGAUGACCCAACCAUCUUUGCAUGGGAACUGAUUAAUGAACCCCGCUGCAUGACUGAUGCUUCAGGUGACACCCUCCAAGAUUGGAUAGAAGAAAUGUCAACAUAUAUAAAGUCAAUAGACAGGAACCAUCUCUUAACUGUGGGCCUUGAAGGAUUCUAUGGUCCGAGAAGCCCCAAAAGGCUGAACGUCAAUCCAGAGAUCUGGGCUGCUGAUCUUGGAUCUGACUUCAUACGGAAUUCAAAGAUUUCAACUGUUGAUUUUGCAUCUGUACAUAUUUAUCCUGACCACUGGUUCCAUGAUCAAAACUUUGAAGAGAAACUUAAGUAUGUGGCCAAAUGGAUGCUUUCCCACAUAGAAGAUGGUGAUAAAGAACUGAAAAAGCCGGUACUUUUCACCGAAUUCGGAUUGUCAAAUGAAAACAAGGAUUUCACCCCGGAUCAACGAGAGAAAUUCAUGAAACUCAUUCUCGACAUCAUUUACAAGUCCGCUAAAAGAAGCAAGGCCGGAGCAGGGGCCUUUGUGUGGCAGUUUUUCGUUGGCGGGAUGGAAGAAUACUACGACGAUUUUGCCAUGGUUCCAUGGGAGAGGCCAUCAACAUAUCAGUUAUUCACUAGACAAUCAUGCAAGUUGGCAAGAAUUCAAGGAGCUUUGCCUACGCAAAAGCAACAUUUGAGAGAUUUUUGUUCACAAAGACUAAAGUGAUCAUAAUACCAAUGAAAAAUGUGGGAAAGAAAAUAGGCCAUACAAUCAUUUCUUUUGGUCCCCUGAAAAGUGAAUGCUAUUAAUUAUAGGUUUUUUUUUUUCGGUUCUAUUCCUUUGGCUAUAUGUUUGUUCCCUAAACAUGGGGUUUUCAAUAGUUGCAUAAUGUUAGUUCCUCACUAAUCUCAUAAAUAUCAUAUUGGUGGUUUGGGUUUACAGUUCAUAUGUUUGCCGACUGCCUAAGUCCUUUUCAUUUUUUUUAUCCAUAAUUUUGGGCCACAAUUUUGUAUUUGACUAUCCAGAAUAGUCAAUUGACAUAAUAACACCUACAAUGUUGUCCUUCGCUUUUUGGAAGUUUUAAUGGGAAACACUGAUUAUUUGUG